AUGUACCGGGACAGCAGCUUCGACGAUUACGUCGGCCAAGUACGCUUCGAUUCCGCGGAUCGGUGCUACCCGCUCUGCACCGCCAGCGAGGCUGUUGCAGCUUUCGUCUGGGAUGCCGAGCCCCGAGGCACGCAGCUUGUGGUCUUCGAUGACGUCGAGUGUCAAGGAAGAUCCGUCGUGGGGGCUAAGACGACAGGUGCCGAGUUCGCUGCAGUCGCCUCGAGUCGCAAAGUUCGGUCGUUUAUCCUGUCGACAACGGACCGUCAUGAACCAACACGAGGAAUCGUGCACUCGUGCGAUGAGAAGGGUGACGUCGUUUUCAAACCUUUUAACGAUUCGGCAGCGUGGAUGUAG